CUCAUUUGAUCCUCGGAACAACCCUGGGAGUCUUGGGAAGUCCUCUCCAGGGAAUUACCAGCAGUUGAGACUGAUGAUCCAGAAAUCUGUUGAGGUGAACUGUGUGAUAGAGUGAAGCAGGCAAAUACAGCCCAGAAACAGAUCGGCUCCUCUUAUGAGAGAAGACAAUUAUAGGUUUCUGCAAGUGACAAAUGUGAAGAGACAUCUUUUCCAAUGUGACACUUGAAUCUCAGCGAUGACACUCCGAGUUUUCACUGAAAAUUAAAUAUGACUUAGGAACAUCGUUCCUUGGGAAGGUUUAUGAUGUCAUCGGUUGCCAGGGGCAGCAAAAUCCAGCAGGCUGUCAGCCUGCAGGGAGUUGACCCAGAAACAUGCAUGAUAGUAUUUAAAAAUCACUGGGCACAGGUUGUGAAGAUCUUGGAGAAACAUGACCCUUUGAAAAAUGCCCAGGCGAAAUACGGAUCUAUCCCUCCAGAUGAGGCCAGUGCCGUCCAGAAUUAUGUAGAACAUAUGCUUUUCCUGCUGAUUGAAGAGCAGGCUAAGGAUGCUGCGAUGGGACCCAUUCUGGAGUUUGUGGUCUCAGAGAACAUCAUGGAGAAGCUAUUCCUUUGGAGCUUGAGGCGAGAGUUUACUGAUGAAACUAAGAUUGAACAGCUGAAGAUGUAUGAGAUGUUGGUGACCCAGUCCCACCAGCCUCUGUUGCACCAUAAGCCCAUCUUAAAACCUCUCAUGAUGUUGUUGAGCUCUUGUUCUGGGACAGCCACACCAGCUGUGGAGGGAGAGCUGGUUGUCUUACUCAAUCAGCUCUGUUGUAUCCUAGCCAAAGACCCGUCCAUUUUGGAACUCUUUUUCCACACUAGUGAGGAUCAAGGAGCUGCCAACUUCCUCAUUUUCUCCCUUCUAAUUCCCUUCAUUCACCGUGAGGGGACAGUGGGACAGCAGGCACGAGAUGCUCUGCUUUUCAUCAUGGCCCUCUCAGCCGAGAACAGCAUGGUGGCCAGCCACAUUGUGGAGAACACCUACUUUUGUCCAGUGCUAGCAACAGGAUUAAGCGGCCUCUACUCUUCUUUGCCUACGAAACUGGAGGAGAAGGGUGACGAAUGGCACUGCCUUCUGAAGGAUGACUGGUUACUUCUGCCUUCUCUGGUCCAGUUCAUGAAUUCCCUGGAGUUUUGCAAUGCAGUCAUACAGGUUGCCCAUCCCCUGAUUCGUAAUCAGCUUGUCAACUACAUUUAUAAUGGGUUCUUAGUACCAGUGUUGGCUCCUGCUCUCCACAAGGUGACUGUGGAGGAGGUGAUGACCACGACGGCGUACCUGGAUCUCUUCCUGCGCAGUGUCUCGGAGCCGGCCCUCCUUGAAAUCUUCCUUCGGUUUAUCCUCCUGCACCAACAUGAAAAUGUCCAUAUCCUUGACACGCUGACGAGUCGGAUCAACACCCCAUUUAGGCUGUGUGUGGUGUCCUUGGCGCUCUUCAGAACCCUCAUUGGCUUACAUUGUGAAGACGUGAUGCUGCAGCUGGUUCUAAGGUACCUAAUCCCCUGCAACCACAUGAUGAUGAGUCAAAGGUGGGCUGUGAAAGAAAGAGAUUGUUAUUCAGUUUCUGCCGCUAAGCUGCUUGCUCUGACCCCCGUGUGCUGCUCCAGCGGGAUCACACUGACUCUUGGGAACCAGGAGAGGGAUCACAUCCUUUGGUCCAAGUUCAUGCACAGUGAUUCAGGCCCUGGAGAGCUGCCUCCUCCUGGGGAAGUGUCUCCGUCGGCCUGCAUUGUGGAGUAUGGGAAAGCCUUGGACAUUAGCUACCUUCAGUACCUUUGGGAGGCCCAUAAUAACAUCAGCCACUGCAUGAAGGACUGCCAAGUCUGGUCUGCUCUUUAUGAUGGAGAAUCCCCUGAUCCUGAUACCUUUCUCUCCAGUUUGAAGGAGGAGAACAAUAAAAACGUGUCCUACCCCGUGCUGAGGACGCACCAGCACUUACCCGGCCAUCCUCCUCCUCGGCUCACACACAAGAAGGAGAAGAGCCAGACCGAGUUGGAAUGGGAUGAUAGCUAUGACACAGGAAUGUCUGCCCAGUCAGGAGGAAGCCCCUCUCAGCCCUGUGAGGAUUUGGAGACCCCAGCUCCUCCAGUUCCCAUCGAUCCCCCCAAACACAUCCAGGAGAUGAAGAAGAACGCCAUCAUGCUGUUCAAAGGCUCUUACAUUGAGGAAUCCGACUUUCAGGAUGAUGUCAUGGUUUACAGGCUCUGCGCUGAGAAAGAUGCCCAGGACAACCACAGUAUACAGGGGGACCCUCUGAAGUCCUCAGAAUCCCCCCUGAACAAUGGGCCCAUUGAUAGUCCCCAGCCACAAACAGAUUCUGAGGAAGAACAAAAUAGGGUCACUUCAAGCUUGAACCAUGAAGAACCUGAGGAAGAGUCCCACCAGAGCCCUACCAGGGCGGCCUCACCAUCCAUGUCCGAGUCUGCCCCGCCAUCCGUGUCUGAGACGGCCCACGUCACACCAUUAGAGGCGGACCACAAUACUGCUGUGAUGUUGGCCAGCCCAGAUGGUGAAGAUUUCAUUGCCCAGUAUGAGAAAAUCAUAAAAGAACUGGACUCAGGCUCUGAGGGUUUGAUGGAAGAAAAUUUCCCAACACCUGCUCCCUCGCCUCCUGUGCCAGAGAAGGAAGGGGAGAAGAAGGGAGAAGCAAAGGAAGAAGAGGAAAGAAAGGAGGAAGAGGAAGAGGAGGAUGACUUUGAGCAUUUUGUAGCUGAGGCCCCUUCAGUAGAAAGCUUACCUUCCCCAUUUGGGAUAAAAGAUCAGACUCCCUUUCCUAGUCGUCAUGUGAGGACUCAAGGGGCCCCCUUUACAGGACCAUUUAUCAGCGUGGUGCUGUCGAAGUUGGAGAACAUGCUGGAGAACUCCUUGCAUGUUAAUUUGCUGCUUAUCGGGAUCAUUACUCAGCUGGCCAGCUACCCCCAGCCCCUCCUCCGCUCUUUCUUGCUUAACACCAACAUGGUCUUUCAGCCCAGUGUUCGUUCCUUGUAUCAGGUUCUUGCAUCUGUGAAGAACAAAAUUGAGCAGUUUGCCUCCCUAGAGAGAGAUUUCCCAGGCCUUCUCAUACAGGCCCAGCAGUACCUGCUUUUCCGAGUGGAUAUGUCCGCUAUGACCAACGAGGAAAUAACCAAAGAUCACCAUCAGGACGCCUACUCAACAGCGGCUGGAAGGAGCAUCUUGGACAGUCCCUCGAGGAUGCUUCAGCCUUUCCUACCCAACAGAGGGAAGACAGCAGGGACCCUUCCUAGCAUCCCUCUGCCUGUGAGGAACACCAUGUUGGCUGCUGCCCUCUUCCCGGAAUUUCUGAAAGAACUGGCAGCCUUGGCCCAGGAGCAUUCGAUUCUAUGCUACAAGAUCCUGGGUGAUUUUGAGGAAUCUUAUUGUUAGCCCUUAAAAAAAGCAAGCAAAAAACUAAGUUUGUGCAGUUUUAAGAAAGGGUUUUAGUGUUUUGAGCGAUUUUUAAAUACAAAGCUGCUUAUAAAAA